CCUCACCCUAUUGCGGUAGAUAUUGCUACUAAAACGCCCCAUUAACGCAGCUGAAGGGGCGCGCUAUGGGUGUGGGUGACGGCUGUUGCCCCGGUAGGCGUAUCGCUGCUGCUUCUGUCAUGACACGUGGAUGAUUAAUCGGGGUGCUGCGCGUGCACAUGAGCCGAAAAGGCAGAAAGCGGAGGGUCUUGCAGGCUGUUUGGGGGGCUACCGGACCGGAGGGGACCGGCCCCGCGUGCAGUGGAUAACACAUUAAGGUCUAUGCAGUAAGCGGUGAGCCGGGGAGCGCGACCAGGGUGACAAACUUAAGGCACUGUCCAUGGUGGUGAGUCGCCCCGCCGCGUCCCCAUCAAUCUGCGAAGGGGGGAGAGACGAGCCUGUCAGCGUCAUUUUUUUUUUUUGUUCGACCAGUCUGUACAGUACCUGAGCUCACCUACGAUCCGUGCUACCGAAGAAAUGAAGGAAGUCUAUGCUCUGAGCUAGCACAUUCUGUCCGACGUCCCUCAGUCUGCAAGGGAACAUGGAUGAAGGACUUGAGGAUUUAAACCUUUAAUGAAAGAACCCGUCUCAUCUCGACAAAAUGUUCCUGAAGACAUCAUUUGGUUUUUACUGACUGACCACUUCCAGCCUGAUUCAGCCGUUCGUUCAUUUACCUGAGGAAUUCCGACAUGGUGCAAAAAUGAACUCCAGCCAUUUAGUUGCCCUUCAAGCAUAGGUAAUCUGCGUUAUUAUUUCAUCUAAGAAGAGCAGCGAUAUCCACCAAAACAUGGCUCGUCUGCUUGUGUUGUUCAACUCCGCGAUCCUGUUGCUCUUUGGCAGCGACAUGUUCUUGGUUGGAGCAAACCGGCCACCAGCUCCUGUCAAUGUCUCUGUCAUGCACCUGCGGGCCGACUCGGUAACUGUAUCCUGGGAAGUUCCAGAGGGAGACAUAAUAAUUGGCUUUUCCAUCUCACAACAGAGACAGGACGGACACAUGCAGCGAAUCAUUCGGGAAGUCAAUACCACCAGCCGCUCUUGUGUUCUUUGGGACCUGGAGGAGGAAACACACUACAUCAUCCAGGUCCAGUCCAUUGGCCUCUACGGGGAAAGCCAAGCCAGCAAGAAGGUGCAUUUUCGCACCCUUAAGAAGUCCGAUCGCGUCCCCUCCAACAGCUCCAACCAAGAUGACCCAACUGUGCAGGGCUUGGACAAGUCCCGCCAUCUGCAAACAGGAGAGAUGGUCAUAAUAGUGGUGGUCUUGGUCAUGUGGGCAGCUGUUAUUGCACUGUUCUGCCGGCAGUAUGACAUCAUCAAAGACAACGACUCCAGCAACAAUAAGGAGAAGGCCAAGCCGUCGUCAGAGAGGAGCACACCGGAGCACCACAGCGGAGGACUCCUGAGGAGCAAGUUUCAUCCUUCUGUGCCGUCAGUUAACAUCAUUGAAGUUUGAGAAGAAGGAAGUCAAGGUUCAACUCUUCUCUCUUCUACCACUUUCCAACCUUUCUCACAGAUGAGGAAAAUGACUGAGAACAUAUAUGAAUAGGGUUGGCCAAGGCUGUCUUACAAAACACACCUGUUAGACAUGCAUGCACACAGUAUUUGUAGGAAAACAAAGCACUACAAAACAGAUACACACUCCAACACCCAGCCAGCAAACCUAUACAAUUCUACAAGUACAGUAGCUAGAAACAACCUAUUCCUGCAGGUUGAUAGUACACAAAUUAAUGUUAACCCAUGGUGCAGUUAACAUUGAUGUUUUUGCCAGGUGCUUGGUAUGUUAUUGCAAUACAAAACAAACACAAUCCAUCAUCUCUGGGAGGUCUGUCUUCAUGAUUUUAAAUAUGCAGUGUAUUUUUGAUAUUGGCAUGUGCAGUUAGAUAACCCCAAUCACCUGUUACACACACACACACACACCUUAGCUCAAUAUAUUCAAAUACUGCCUGAUCACAAAUGUAUAUCACUGUCAGACUGCUGUGGGCAUUUGGUUAAUAAGGAGAGAAAGCAAAUAUGUACUGUAAGUAAUUAUCCAAACUGAAAUGCCAUUUUUAGGAUAGCAUUGCAUUUUUUUCAUAUUUCAUACGUGACAUGUCUGUACAUAUUUCAUACAUUUACUAAAUGGAGUUGCAUGCAGGUCAUUCGCCUGUAGAAUAGCAUUUAAUGUGCAUUCUAAGUUAGAUGCCAAAACUGGACAAAUAAACAUUAUUGCAGUACUAUGAAGCUGUUACUGUUUUCUUCUGUUUUACCUGCUUAUAGAACAGGACUUCUAUCAUCCAGUGUUUCAUUUUAGGUCUUGUAGAUUUCCUAACAAUUGUAUUACCUGAAAAAUAAAUAAAG